AUGCACCCAUCUGCAACAGCAUGCAACCAUGGUUUUGCGAUGUGGAGCAGACGGCUUUCUCAUAUAGAAAGAGAGUCCGACAUUUGCAACCAGAACGCAAUCAGAACGCAUCUAUCUGCACCAUGGUUUUGCAACCAGGGUGCCGCGCGACCUCGGAACUUUGUUCCCCUCCCGGGACCACCGUGCCCGGGAUUCGCGCGGACACGCCCCGUCCGAAAAAUGCCAGAAUUCCAAAAUACACUUGUCAUUAUGAAGUCAAUUCGUAGCCUUUCGACAUCUGCUCCCCUCCGCAACUAUGCGUCGACCAUAAAGAACCUUAAGGUCAACCUGGACACCAAGGUGAUUUACCAAGGUUUCACUGGACGUCAGGGAACUUUCCAUGCCGAGCAAGCGAUUGCCUAUGGAACCAAAAUUGUUGGAGGAACCAACCCCAAGAAGGCUGGAUCCACUCACUUGGACAGACCCGUGUUUGCCAAUGUGAGCGACGCCAUUAAGGAAACCGGCGCCAACGCCACUGCUAUUUUUGUGCCGCCAUCAAUUGCAGCCGCCGCGAUUGAGGAGGCCAUCGAGGCCGAAAUUGAAUUGGCUGUUGCCAUUACCGAGGGUAUUCCGCAGCACGACAUGGUUCGUAUUGCGCAGAUGCUUAAGACGCAAUCGAAAACGCGGUUGGUGGGACCCAAUUGCCCGGGAUUGAUUGCGCCCGACCAGUGUAAGAUUGGUAUUAUGCCAUCGCACAUUCACCAGCGGGGUAAAGUUGGAGUUAUUUCAAGAUCUGGUACUUUGACUUACGAGGCUGUGGCCCAGACAACUGGAGUCGGAUUGGGUCAAUCAUUGGUGAUUGGAAUGGGAGGAGAUCCAUUCCCAGGUACCAAUUUCAUUGAUGCAUUGACACUUUUCUUGGAAGACAAGGAAACCGAGGGUAUUAUUUUGAUUGGAGAAAUCGGUGGAACUGCCGAGGAAGAAGCCAGUGAAUUUUUGAAACAGCACAACUUGACCAGACCAGAUGGACCAAAGCCAGUUGUUUCGUUUAUUGCUGGUGUUAGUGCUCCUCCAGGUAGAAGAAUGGGACAUGCUGGUGCCAUUAUUUCUGGUGGAAAGGGUGAUGCCAAGUCCAAGAUUGCCGCUUUGGAGAGCGCUGGAGUUGUUGUGGAAAGAUCGCCAGCCAGAUUGGGUAAUUCUUUGUUGGAGGAGUUCAAGAACAAGGGUUUGUUGUAG